AAGACGACGGACGUUACACGGCUCGAAGGCACCGUGAUUAAGUGCAGUAUUUUCAUCAAUCGAAGCAUCCUUUCGUUGCAGAGAAUAUUCCACUCAGUUUCUGUCGGCCGGAAGAUUACGUACAUUCCAAAGAUUCAGCGGUAUUAAUACGAACGUGUAGUGGAGCUUAAAAUUGCUUGCCUUCUAUCAGUACUCACGAAGUACAACCAAGUGGAACGUAGUUUAAGCUCAAAUGUGCUUGUUUUUGUUUUCCAUUCGCUCAGCUUCGAGGACAACAUGAGCCUACCUUAGUACGCGUGUAGUUCGAUUAUUCAUGUGGAAACCUUAAAGUGCUAGCCGCUAAAUGUGAUUCGAACAAGUUUUUGUUGAGAUCGUAUGCCUAUAAGCAGAUCAAUGUAAUCUAUGUGUUUCCUUUUCGAUGAAAAGUGCCUCAAACAAAGAAAGUGUUUUGCAAUGCCAACAACCGGGCAGAUAACGGUGCUUAUGGUUUAGGGGGAUAUUAUGAGUGCAACAACGACAACGACGUCAAUUAGAAGCGGCAGGAUCGGCCGUAGAAUGCUGGACGCGAACCGGAAGAAAAGAAAUGGGACGAUGUCCGUGUGGAGCACUAGUACGGCUGGAAUCGACACAGUGCUCGCUACAACCUUGGGUGCCGCUAUACACCCGAAAACAUUCAGUGCCAACCAUUUGCCCACAGCUGCUGCAGCAGCAGCUGGACUGAUUGUGACUCAAUCGCCGAACGGAGCGAGUGCUAACGCUCAAACGACCUACCAUCACCAUCACUUCAGCGCAAGUAACGCCAGUGCAGCCGCCGCGAACGGUCUCAACCACAGCCAUCAGCAUCUGGUGGCCACAACCGGGCAUCCGGGAGGGCACGGAACAAACGGCGGCCCGUUCAGCAGUCACAGUACCAGCAGCAACAGUAACCACAGUCAUUCCCCACCGAUUCACGCAGGAUCGUUACACAAUUCCGUUGCCUGGAACCGAACCAGUAUUUGCAGUGCACACAAGAGACGAUCGGGCCUCAGCACAAUGUCCCAAUCAGGAGAUGAGUUCAGUUCACCCAACUACCUUUCAUGGCGGAAGUUGCAGUUAAGCAGGGCCAAACUGAAGGCUUCCAGUAAAACGUCAGCACUGCUGUCCGGUUUUGCAAUGGUAGCAAUGGUAGAGGUCCAGCUGGACGAACACACGACCGUUCCACCGAGCAUGCUGAUCACGUUCGCCGUCUGUACCACGCUGCUGGUGGCGGUGCACAUGUUAGCGCUCAUGAUCAGCACCUGCAUCCUGCCGAAUAUCGAAACGGUGUGCAAUCUGCACAGCAUUUCGCUGGUUAACGAAUCGCCCCACGAGCGGCUUCACUGGUACAUCGAAACGGCGUGGGCCUUUUCGACGUUGCUUGGCCUAAUUCUGUUCCUGCUCGAGAUCGCAAUCCUGUGCUGGGUUAAGUUCUAUGACCUCAACACGACGGCGGCCUGGUCCGCCUGUAUCGUCCUCAUCCCUGUGCUGGUAAUCUUUGUAGCCUUUGCACUACAUUUUUACCGAUCGCUGGUAACCCACCGGUACGAAGUGACUGUGUCCGGCAUCCGGGAGCUUGAGAUGCUUAAGGAACAAAUGGAACAGGACCAUCUGGAUCCUCAUCAUCACCAUGGACCUCCGUAUCAAUCCGUUCAGAUUGUUUGACUGCGGUUGUACGGGAAUGAAUCUCGAGCGCGGGCACAUUUUUUGUGAAUCUGUGAUGUCAAUAAUGUACAUUAUUUUCCAUUAGUCGAAACACGUUCUGCUGUCGAGACAUUAUGUUAUAUUACUCAAGAACUUAAUGCCUAUGGCUGGAUUUGUUAGCUUCGAAAAUUACUAAAAGUUCACGAAUCUGCACUACUUUCGCGUUAAUCAUCCAUAACAGUCUCUUUUCACGAGAGAUCUACCCUGCGAAUUGUGAUUAAACGCUUUGUUAAAAAGAAACGAAAGACAUAGCCUAGCUAGAGUUCAGAACAGUGCGAGUUUGUUUCAGUUGUUUUUUUCCUACUGAAGAGACAGAUCAAGUAUCUAUAUUAGUUUUAUUUUGUAUGUUGUGACAUACGAUGAUACUGUUUUAAAGAAAUCUAAUGUUUUAGUUGUACGCUCAUCAUCUGAAUCUUGAACGAUUUCUGCUAAGUUAACUGUCACAUUGAUUUGUAAAUUAUGUUUCCUCUUAUUGCACUAAAAUCUAGUGUAAAAAUAAUCGAAAGAUAAAAUAAAAGUUCACAGCGAAU